CCCCCGCCGCCGCCUCCUGAGCCCUGACCUCCCGCAAUGGCGACGCGCAACCUAGUGACGAGGACGUGGACCCCCGCGGCUUCUACUCUCGGCCGCUGUUUGGGCACCGGUAUGCCGCCGCCGGCGCGCUUUCAGUUUCUCCACGCCGUCCCCAGCCAGGACGGCAUUGCAAUACGGAGGCUCUCAUAUGAUUUGGAAUCUGCUCGAGACAUGCUGAAACGAGCCAAGAAACAAGAGGAAGUUAUGAGGAGAGGAAUCAAGUGGUUCUCAAGAGGUGUCAAAGCCGCGGAAUGGGCUUGCUACUUUUGUGUUUCAACUACCAUUGCCGUUGCAGUGAUGGUUGGCAGGGAAUGAAGCCAGUUUCUUUAGCUUUAUAGCUGACGAGCAAACUCUUGUCUGUUUGUCUUUGUGAGCUCUGUUUGUGUCCUGUGUUGAGCCCUCCGUGGUUAUGGGGGCAGAAAUUGUACCAAUGUAUUUGUUAACUAUGUGAAGGCUCGGGUACCAGAGUAAUAAUCAAGUAAUGAUUUAAGCGCA